UACUGAGUAAGGCAGUGUGCAAAACUUUGUGACGGUAAUGUGAUAGAACUCUGAUGCUGUUAAAUAAACCAUAAAAUUACAUUUCUCAGUUAAAAGGGCUGACCCAGUUUGGAUUUUAGUCAUCAGUGCCCAUGAGUGCGUACAGGCUGCAGCAAAUACAGGGUCAUAUUUUGCCUGAAACUAAGAGCACAGCAAUGGCAGGCUCACCUAGUCCUCUGACCACCCAUGUGCUGAACACUGCAAUGGGAGUCCCCGGAGCAAACAUGGCCCUCAGCCUGUAUCGACAAGACCCUUCCACAAAUGCCUGGAGAAUGAUAAACACAGGGACCACUAAUGAUGAUGGACGUUGCCCAGGACUCAUCACAAAACAACUGUUUACCUCGGCUGUGUACAAAAUACGUUUUGAUACUGCUCAGUACUGGGCAAGUAUUGGAGAAACCUGCUUUUACCCCUAUGUUGAGAUUGUCUUCACUAUCGAUGACCCUGGCCAAAAGUACCAUGUACCUCUGCUCCUGACUCGUUUUUCUUACAGUACGUACAGAGGGAGCUAGACAUCAAAUCUGAUGAACUGCUGAGGCUACCUCCAUCUAUCAGCUGUCCUACACACCACAGGCAGGGGAAACUCUCUGCAUUUACAUUGACAACACACAAUGAUCCAGUUGAAUGAUUAUUCAAUUUUAAACAUUUUUUUAUAUUCAAUAUAACUUUUUGCUAUUAAAUAAAGAGUAUUACUCAUAUGCACUGUACUUAUGCUAGUGUAAUAUUUAACACCUAUUUUACAAAGUUAUUAAGAUAUACAAUAUUUUCUUUAACUCAUUAAAUAAGGUGUUUACUGUAAAAUGUUUUUCUUUUCUAAAAGUGCAUGUGAAUCCAUCUUUUUCAAAAACUCAGCACACUUCCUGUAUUUUAUAACAACUAUAACU